AUGAAUGAACUUUUGUUUAUUGACCGCCAGAAGCCACCUUAUCCUCGCUUGGAUACUUUACAGCAGGCUUUGACCCAUCUUGAAGACGACAUUGACAACACCGCCAACGAAUUGCUACGAUUGGAUCGGCAUUCACGUCGCAUGCAGUUGCUCCCAAUGCUGUACAGUGGCAUCGUUUGGAUCGUCUAUGUUGGAUACUGCUUUUUUGCUUUACGCGAUGCUCAUUGGGACACGAUCACUUUGGCCGUGACACCUGCUAUUGUCAGUCCGUUAUGUAUUCGCUAUGGUCAACGACUUGUAGAAUGGUGGUUCAAGCAGCAUCAGGGACAAGCUCGAAUGAAGCUAGCAUGGCUAAGGGCAAGAUACGAUUCCAAGCUCAACGAAUUGAAAGCCAAAGUACCACCAGACCAUCCUAUUUUGGAGCUAUACCAGACAUCUUCACAACGACCAGGUCAUCAUGCAUUGAUAUGCAACUUUUGCUUUGCUUUCAACGGCCUGGCUACACAUCCUCAGAGCACUCAGUAUGUGUGUCCAAAAUGCCUCAAAUUCAAUACCACCCAUGAUACUCAAGACACCGGGAUGAUCAAAGAGGAAGGAUCUAUCGCAUCACGAGUGAAAAGACGACGUUUAAAGAGUCGGUGA